CGAAAAUCCUGAGGCUUAUCAUAGAGGUUUUCGACUUGCUUUACGCGUGGCGUUGGCAUGUUAUGGUUAUGUAGGGUCUGUCUGUUAGGUCAGCAGGCACGACGAGAUGCAUCGCCACAAAUCGGGCCUUGUGUCGCCUACACUGCCACCACCAGUGUGCGUUUGGGCAGUCUGGUUGGUAUUAAUGUCUGGUGUGUCUGUGGGUAUUGUCGUGGUGGGAACAGGGAAGGAUGAGGCAAGCCAUUUGCUAUUACGUCAGCGUUCUUAUUCGCUGCCCAACUUCACCCAAAUGUUGCCGAUCUCAGGUUUGCUGCCCUAUAGCUCACCAUUGGAACUGAUGCCGCCAUACUAACUGGUCGAACGGCCACUACAAGCCUCGCCCAGAAGUCAAUUGGAUAUGAGUCAUUGGCAAGAACGUGGGCGGCGUCUGAAGACUCGAUGUAGGACACGCGUUGUGGAAGGACCUGUAUGGGGAAGUUCGAGCGUAUGUAGCAGCGAAGCAUCUUGAGUAUGAGCUUCGCGAGGAUCGCCGUGUGGAAUGUUCGUGCAUAAAGUUUAUACAAAAGUUCACAAGACCGACCGAUUAUAAAUGUACACUAAACGGUUCAUU